GGAAGAGGAGGAGGAGAAGAAGAUCGAGAAGGAGACGGCGAAGGUAAAGGAAGUGGAGAGGGGUGGCCGGUGGCGAACUGGGUGGGGAGCAUUAGGGACGACGAGAAGGAACGGUAAAGAGGUGGUUGUAGUAGGGGAAACGGAGAGACUAUACGGUGCAGAAGCCGAAGCAACGCUCUGAGCCACGAGGGGCUAUUCAAGCGAUAAGGGGAGGGGUGACAAGGAGCCCUGGCGGGGAGGGGACGCGGAGGCCUUCGGGGGGCCGACCAACCAGACGGCCGAUGAUGUCAUCGGAGGAGGAGACCGAGUGUUUCGCCCUCUACGGAGCAACCACGGAAAGCAAGCAACAGCAACUUCUGAAGAAGCAGAAGCGCACCAGACAGCGCGUGGACGCCGGCGAGCCGCGCAACAGUUACUCAAGUAUACCGAACUUCAGCUCCCGGCCAUCCUUCCUCGGUGGUGGUUUAUACGGCUCGAUCUUCAGUGGUAACGGGCCACCGUCGCAUCAACAGCAGCAGCAGCAACAGCAGCAGCAACAACCGCAACAGCAACACCACCAGUCGCAAUCACAGCAGCAACAGCUCCAGCAACCGGCUGGAGCGACCGGCAGUCAGAGUCAUUUAGGUACCGCUACGACGGGUCCUACAACCCAGCAGCAUUCCGCCCACGCCUUCGGCUUCUUCGGGGCUCCGGGCUUCGGCCCCGCCAAGAUGCUAAACGAAUUAUUAGGACGGCAGGUCAAACAGGCCAGUGACGCUGGCGGAUCACCGCCAGAGGGCGGUCACGGGAUGACCGGGGCCGGCAUGGAUCCCGCCUCGAAUCUGCAACCAGGCGCCGUGGUUAAUUGCGACGACCCUGCCACGGCCGACCUUACGCAGCACAUGCUGCGCGACAUGCUUCUGCAGGGCCGCAAGCUCUCCGCCCUCGGCGUGCAGGAACAGCCGAACAACAACAACAGUAUACACAGCAACAAUAACAAUAAUACUACCGCGGAAUUACUUAAAUCGCAGCAUCAGCAGAGUCCUCAACAACAUCAACAGCAGAAUAGUGAUAGUGCGCGUAGUGGAACAGUGCAGAGUGGCGGGGAGGAGAGUGGUGAUGGCAAUAAUGUCGUGAAUAGCGCGAAUCACAGUGACCGUGAUACCGUGAUGCCGGGCGAUGCUGAAGACAGCGCCGAGGACGCUGCAUCCGCGGCACGUGCUAUGGAGGAGGCGUUCGCCGAGGCCGGGAUGGAACCAGGGGCGAACUUGGACGGAUCGGAUUGUGAGCAGAGCUUACCUCCCAGCCCAACGGCACCAAGGUCGGGCUCCGUUUCCGUCAAGGAGGAGAUGCAGGAGUCGCUCAAUAUCAAACGUAGCCCCAGUCACUCACCUUGUCCGAUCGUGCCAAAGACUGAGACGAACUCUCCGACUACGGAAAUCAAACGUGCCCGCGUCGAGAACAUCGUCAGCACGAUGCGCAGUAGCCCGGCGCUGCAGCCGGCCACGGUAAACGGUUGCAAGAAGCGUAAGCUCUAUCAACCUCAGCAGCAGACGGUGCACCACGUUCUCCAGCAUAGUGUCAACGAUACCAUGAUGGACGACGAGGAUGAAAGCGAGGAGGAGGAGGAUCCAACGGCGAUCAGACAGAAACGCGAGGAAAAAGACAACCUGAAGAUCCAGCUGAAAAUGUUGCACGAGCAAUUGGCGGAAAUGCAACAAAAGUACAUGGAACUCUCCAGUAGAAUGGAGCCAGAUACGAGCGAGAGCGGCGAUGCGCCACCCAGUCCUCAGCAACCUCCGCAACCACCGCCUAGACCGCCACGACCUCAUCCACCGCCGUAUAACGGCCUUCCAGCUCUCCCACCUGAUCAUCCCCACGCAGCAGCUGCUGCUAUGUAUCACAUGGGGCAUAAACUUUACUUUGAGCAACAGCACGCUGCUCUCGAGAGGAUGAAGCAACAUCAAGAGGCGGCUGUGAGGCAGCAGCAACAACAGCAGCAGCAGCAGCAGCAACAGCAGCAGCAGCAGCAGCAGCAACAGCAGCAACAGCAGCAGCAGCAACAACAACAGCAGCAACAGCAUCAACGACAAAGUUCGCCGCCGCCACCGAGUCAGCCUCAACAACAAAGCCAGAACAACACUGGACCCUCGACGCCGCAGACACCGCAAAUGCAAUCAGCUACUACGCCUAUUCAACAUAAAGACUUCCACGAGAGGUUAAAUGUCUUCAGGGGUGCCGCGGCAGCAGCCAGCUCGUCCGGUCCUCAUAUCACCGGUGCCGAUUUGGAAGGCUUGGCGGACAUCCUGAAGACCGAGAUAACUUCUUCGUUAACUAACCUGAUUGACAGUAUAGUAGCGAGGUUCGUGCAACAGAGGAGGUUUCUCGGUAAGCAGACUGAGGCAGCGCAAGCAGCUGCCGAGCAGCUCAACAAGGACCUUCUUCUCGCGAGUCAAAUGCUCGAAAGAAAAUCGCCCAGGACGAAAGUAGUCGACAGAGGAGCGCCGCAACCACCCGGUGGCCCAAACGGGCCACGGGGGCCCCUCAACGGUGGGCCCCCUCCUCCACAACCCACGGGAUUCUCACAAAUCGGGUCCAUAGGUGGUGUGCCCCAUGGUCCUCAUGCUGGCCCCACGGAAAACAAUCUUAACCAGAUGAAUCAGCUGCCCUCGCACGGAAGGCCAAGCGUUGGAAUGUUUCAGACGCCAAAACCGCCGACGAUAUAUGCCAUGGCCUCCAUGCAGGCGCAGCAGCAGCAGCAUCAGCAGCAACAUCAGCAGCAACGAGAGCAGCAGCAAAGGGAGCAUCAACAACGCGACCAAUACUGCAACAUGAGAGGUGACGAGAGAGAAAACAGGGACUCGGAACAAAACGAGGCUCUGUCGCUCGUCAUGACGCCAAAGAAAAAACGUCAUAAGGUGACGGAUACGAGAAUUACUCCCAGGACGGUGUCCAGAAUCCUAGCGCAAGAGGGAAACGGUUCGCAAGGAGGUAGUGAUAGUCCCCCGCCUCCUCCACCACCGAGACCCUACCACGCGCCACCACCGAUGCUGCCGGUGUCCCUGCCAACCAGCGUAGCGAUACCAAAUCCAAGCCUCCACGAGAGUCAAGUGUUCUCGCCCUAUUCGCCGUUUUUCAAUCCUCACGCGAGUCAUCCUGGUCAAGUACCACCUCCGGGGCCACAUCAUUUACCUGCGAGUCCUCCUGGUGGAGGUGUAGAACUCAGGGAUUCCCCUCCACUGCCCCAUCCGCCGGCUAUGCUGCAUCCAGCCUUACUGGCGGCGGCCCAGCACGGCAGUCCGGAUUACGGACACCUCAGGAUGGACAGCAACGACCGAGCUAGCGACUGCAACUCCGGCGAUAUCACCUACGAUGGAAUUCAGCCUACAUCGUCGACGCUGACGCCGAUGCAUCUGAGGAAGGCGAAGCUGAUGUUCUUCUGGGUCAGGUACCCGUCCUCGGCCGUCCUUAAGAUGUACUUCCCCGACAUCAAGUUUAAUAAAAACAAUACAGCGCAGCUGGUCAAGUGGUUCUCCAAUUUCCGGGAGUUCUACUACAUCCAAAUGGAGAAAUACGCGAGACAAGCAGUUUCGGAGGGAGUAAAGAGCGUCGAAGAUCUCCGAGUCGGUGGCGACUCCGAAAUCUAUCGAGUUCUCAACCUUCACUACAACCGUAAUAACCACAUUGAGGUAUGGGGUCCCCAGGUACCGAGCAACUUCAGGUACGUUGUGGAGCAGACGCUGAAAGAGUUCUUCAAAGCGAUCCAGGGCGGCAAGGACACCGAGCAGAGCUGGAAGAAGUCCAUCUACAAGGUGAUCUCGAGGUUGGACGACCCAGUGCCGGAGUACUUUAAGAGCCCGAACUUCCUGGAGCAGCUCGAAUGAAUCAGGAGGUCGCGUGGCUCUUGCUCUUCGUGGUGCGCGGGCUCGCCUGCGCUCGUCGGCUCCCGAUAAAUCAGGAAACGACCAACGACAGGAAGGAUCGCAUCCGCCAGGAGGUACACGUCCUUCGCGUAGUGCGUGUUCAGGUAUCCUUAAAUAACAUAUCGCAAAAACGAACGUGAGAGAACGAGGAGGGCUAGGAAGGGAGAGGAGGAGGACACGGACACAGAGCCAUGGAACGGAGGCACCAUCGACGUCCGAGGGUGACGUCAAGAUGCCAACGAAGGAUCAGGCUGUGACUGAAUCACGAAUCAAACGGGAGAAAUGGAAGACAUGUACACACGUAUACACGUGUUCCCACACACAAACACCUACACAUGCAUACAUACAUGCAUAUACGUACAUACACACGUGACACUGUACGAACCAAACGGCUGACGAAACGACUCCGGAAGCCGCGAGGUGUCGUACGCUCAUCGACGUUCCUCUUGUUUCAACCGAACGAGCACGAGAGAAGGUGACGAGACACGAAGAAGCACGACGAAUGCGUGGUCAACGAACGGCGAGGAUACGUAGCUAUUAGCUAAGUCGAUUCUGUCCGAUCUGUUUGCGACGUAGGAUAAUUACUUCGUUACUGCCUAAUUUUACAUCACGCGAUAAGAAUAAGGGAUUCUACGAUGGCGACGACCACUGUGCGCUGGGCUCGCACUUACAGAGAGAAAGACAGAGGCAUUCGGAAGGCGUUCUGCGAGACAGUAUAAAUGUAUAUGUGUAUAUGUCCAAAGAUUACCUAAGUCAAAGUUUGUACGUCGGCGCGGCCGUUCCUCUUCCGAUUCCAGCGGGAUUCGGAAGCGGAACUGUCGUCGACAGUUGGAAACGACGCGGGACGGGCAAGCAGUGUUCCUCGUCCCGUGCCGUUUCUGCAUUUCUAGAGGAACGACAACGUUUGGAUCGUUUGAAUAAGCCUCGCAAGUAAAACCAUUCCGGAUAAUUCUACCUUGAGCUCUGCAAGUGGCUUUGGUUUCAAGAAGACCACGUAAUUCUCUCUGAUGAAACUCUGAAAAAGUUUCUAUCGAUGAAGGGAUACCAUGGAAUAGAAAAAAAAACGGCAAUUUGUAAUUUUUUCAACAAGACACACUUUUGCUGCAAAAACAGCACGCUUCCUUCUGUUUUAAGAUGAAUUUAAUUAGGAAAUUACGUCGCCGGAGAAAGGCGCGGGGUUCGCCUCGAUGCUUUUCGACCGAUGAUGACGAGAGAAAAAUGAAAUUCCCCCCUUGAAUUGUACACGAUUUCGUUUCAUCGCGUGUAAUUGAUCGAUGAGGUUCGAAAUCGACGUGAAAAUGCUUGGCUAUUAAGUUACAUUGCGCGCGCGUGCGCGCGCGUGCAUAUACAUUGAUACCAAAGAAUCGACUUCACGGGAUCUAAACUGCGAUGACAAAAGAGAAAAAGAGAAAAAAAAGAAAUGUCGUGGUAUAAAUAAUCAGGCGGUCGCUCACGGCAAUAUCCGCGCGAAAGAAAUCCGUUCCUAGCUGCCGAGGAGGCAACUCCAUCUUCGUUCUUUUCGUUCUCCCGUAUAAUCUUUUUCGUUUGCUCGUCGAGCCGAUGAGGAGAAUACGUUUGCCGAGUCGCAUCGAGAGAGUCGGUGCACGGGUCAAUAUAUACAUAGCUGUUUUUAUUAAUGGUUGACUGUAUAAACGUGGGAUUAGGCUAGUCGCGGUGAUGAGAUUAGGAGUAGUACGGGCGACGAAUGUCAGGAAUUGCGCGCCACUUCUGGCAUUUCCGACCGCGGCGCGACGUACGGGAGGAGAAAAUUUUAAAAAUUUUAAAAAAACAGAGAGAAGAAAUUGCUAUAUAAUCGUGCGCCGAGAAAUGCGUAAUUAUAUAAAUAUAUUAGAAUUUUGCGAAGCGAAAGAGAGAGAGAGAGAGCGAAAGAGAGAGAGCGAGAGAGUGACGAAUGUCGGCGUGAUAAGGGUAGCGUAAAAAAAGAGGACGUGUGUGUGCCGGAGGGUCGCACAACCGCGCGCGCGUCCUUUUCUCCACUUAUACAUAUAUAUAUUUCCUGACCACACGUACACAGACUUACAACACCGACACGCGAUACUUCAUGUAGUGCAGACACUUACACGUGCUGAUCUGUGCAUCGCGCAUUUACAUGCGCGAACGUGCGAAAAAUCAGAGACGGCGUCCCCUCCCUCUCCGACACCCCUCCCAUCCUUAUCCACUCCUUAUACUCUUCUUCUACCGUAACUUUUUCUCGCCGGACAUUUCUGUAGAUACAUUACGGGACGAUAUAAAAAUAUUAGAAAUAAUUUCGGUGGUAGCGAGUGCACAUGAUUUAACCCUUAUUUUUUUCACCAUUACUCUCGCUACCACAUGCACUAUUAUUAUAAUAUUAAUUAUUAUUAUCAUUAUUAUAUUGCUAUUAUUAUUAUUGUAUUAUUAUUAUAUUAUUAAUAUAUUAUUAUUAUUAUUAAUCCAUGAUUAUUAUUAUUAGACUCACAAUUAUUUCUAUCGAAAUGGCAAUUUUAGUAUGGAGUGAUUAUAAUUAUUAUUAUUGUCAUCGUUGAAAUUGUCAUCUCUGGAGAAUUUAGUUAAUUUAACAUUAAUCAUACCUUUUUCUCCGCAUGCAAUUUCUAUGCCGCUUCCUCAUGCCACGAAUUUUCAUCCCUAUACCAUAUUUACAUGGUGAUCUCCUUCAAUCAUUUUGCCAAUUUUAUUAUCAAGCUUGUGCAUUCCUGGAAUUAUGCUCCUUUAUCUUUAGUUAUUACGUAUAUUUAGUUAUUACACAGUAUAAUUAGUAAAAGUUGUACCGAUAGCAUAUAUCAGGCCGUAACACAACACUCCCAUACACACACACACGUUCACACCCACAUGUACACAGAUAUCUUUUUGCAAGCGGUGAGUCUUUACCUAGUCACGAGUCACUAUUUUUUAAUUGAUUAAUUGUCGAUUUAUUGAUUAUUAUUUUAUUUAUUAAUUAUGUCAAUAAAAAUGCGAAUAUUAAUUUACUUUACGUCCAACUUUGCGUUGUUUUACUUUUAUUUUCAUUUGUUCAUCGACCUAACAUUUAUCCUCUCCUGCGUCAGAAUCUUUAUUUAGCAUAUCCGAAAUAUCUUUGACCGCCUGUGGGAUCUAUCUUUUCUUUUUCUAAAAAAAGAUAGAGAUGACAGAAAUGGAAUUUGCCGUGAAUUUGCGAUCGGUGAGUUCAACGAGGAUGAAUGCGAGCGGCUCCACUCGAGGCAGAGAGCGCGUUGUUCGGAGAAGCGAGAACGAAAUUUUGUAAAAAUUUCAAUUGUUACGUAAUACUAGACUUUGGCCUAAAACUAGUAGCAAUUCCUUCGGCGCUGGCCUAAGAAUUUGGUCUAAAUGUUCGUAGCGGAACAAGAAAGGAAUAAGCGAGAGCAAAGAGGCGACACUUUUGGUCAUUUCGAAAGAAGAUUGCACGUAAGACGCGUGCGGAGCUCGUUGACUCGUCGAUUACAAUUUCUGGGAGGUUUGACGUUCGUGUCAAGACAGGUGGAAAAUUGUUUAUCGGGUGAUUAUUUACGUUGUCGUUUGUGAUUCGAAUUCUCGUUAUCAUCUGUUGCACCUUGAAAAUUUCAUCUGAAAAUGAUCGCUAAAAAUCAUAUCUUUGAUUCGUUUUUAUAAUCGAUAUUCAACUGUUAUUGACGUUAUUUUAAUGAAAGUCGUGCUAUAAACUAUAUCCUCCUUAUAUUGUCCAACGUAUCAUGAUACGUUGAUUAAACAAUCGUUAUGAAAAGCAUUGAUUUAAGCAAAAUACAGUAACCCAGUGUAUACCCCCUAAUUGACAAUACUAAAAAUCUAAAUGUGAUUUUAACAGACUGUUCUAAAGAAAUGUUUAAUGUGCUCCUCGCGUUCAAUAUACCUCAGUUCUAGAAGCUUUGCGCUUUCACGUCGAUACGCGUCAACAUCUUCUCAAAUUACAACAGGACAUUGUAAUUUCUAUAGGAAAACUCAAUGUUAAACACCGUCACCAUGCUACUUCAACAUUUCGCUACCGAUGAGACACCAUUAAACGAUCGUCCUCAUUCUCUUUUCUUCGAUCGCGUCAGAAAAAGAAUUGUGAGAUGAAAUGAUUUGAUAAAGAAACGUAUCCAAGUUCUUUCUUUUAUGCGAAGAUUCCGCGAUUAUUCCACCUUCUUAAACAUUAUUUGAAUUUAAUAAAGAAAGAGGGAGGGAGAAAUAAAUUUAACAUAAGCAUUUGCGAUAUGAUUGAACUCAUUAUGACGACAUUGAUUCCUUUCUAUUUUACUCUCGGCAAACUGAACUUGACGUCUCAAGAAAAUCGUUUAAUUAUUUAGACAUGCAGUUAUCAUAUACACUGAUUAUGAAUUAUUGUUAAUUCCGCGUUCUUCGCCACUGGAAAUAUGACCACAAAUUUCGCAGAGCGAUAAGCAAACAAUCGAAUCAAGACUUAGGACCGAUCUAGGAUUUCCCGUCACCUUUGUCAGCGGAUCAGCUGAAACGUCAGAGGAAUUUCGUAUGAUCGUAAGGUCAUAAGGAAAGAGAAAUCAUUACGACAUACAAGAGUAGUUCUCGCAUGAUCCUUCGAGGUCAUCUACGAAUCCGCAAGAAACGCAAGAGCAAGCACAAGAGAGAUUGAGAAAAAAAAGAGAAAGAGAGAAAGUGAGAGAGUCCGCUUUUUUUACUACUCCGUCGACCGAAUAUCGUAGCUCCUAGCGCGAAGGACGAACCGUUGGACAUCGCACAACGGACUCACAAGAUACUCGAGCCGUGGCCGAGGAAGAAGCUCGAGGAAUCCAGGAGCAAAGAGAAUAUAUCUGAACGAAAUGAGAGCGAAUGGGCAAACCGGUGGUCCACUCGCGUUCGCCGAGGUUCUCCUCUCACCGAGAAGGGAGAAUCGAUCGCGCUCCUUACCUCCCGAUCGAUGCCAUUGAUCCCGAUCUACCGAUGCGACGGAUGUACAGAUCGCGGGACUGGCGAUGAACAGCAUGAACGUGAUAAACAGAAGAAAAAAGGGGGCGAAUACUCAACGAUUUAAACGGAUGCGCGUGCAAUGAGAACCGAAACGAGGAAACGUAAGAGAGGCGAGAUCGACCGUAGUUUCGGGACGAGGGUGCGACAACGAAGAGAACGCACAUUCCCGAAGGGUAGAGGUACGAGAGAUUUUAGGGUGGUUCACCUCACGAGCAAGUAAAAUGUGGGGGGUAUAGAUCGACUCGCCGAUUUUAAUUACGUUUACGCAGCGGGGCCGACGCACGGAGAAACGAGUACACGGGACGGAACGAAAAUUAACGAGAACGAAUACGAGAGAGAGGAAGAAAGAGAGCGCGCGAGCGAGAGAGAGCGAAAGAAAAAAACGAGAGAAAGAUGAAAGUGAGAAUGGAAGAAAUAAUAAGCAUACGUACAUACCUAAACGCGUAAGUUUUAAGGAACACGUAAGCAGAAGUAAGUAAUAGUAUUUAACGUUAACACUUGCAAGCUAUUAAUUAUUAUAUAAACGAUUACCUAAAGAUAAAAAAACGAGCGGAAGGUCGUAUCACGCUGCAGAGAGGAAGAGGAUACCUACUUAAAAAAAAAAAAGACACACACACACUAAUAAACUAAUUAUAUUAUUAUAUGAUUACAUUAUUAUUAUUACGCGAUCAUUACUAUCGAGAUUGAGAUUAAGCCGUGAUAACAAGAGAAAUCAGUGAAAAUGGGAGUGAGCGAAAGGGAUGCCGGAGAGAAAGCGAACAAGACAGAGUGGAGAAUUCAAAGCGAGUUCAUUGAUGAGAAUAAUAAUUCCUCAAACUAUUAGGAGCAUAAUUAGGGUAUAUUUAUUAUGACGAAUGCGCGAUUACGAUAGUGGCGCGGUAGUAUACAGAGAAAGGGGGAUGAUAAGAGAAAAUGAAGAAGAGGGGGCGGGGGAACAAGAAAAAAAGAUACGUUAUCUCCCUCCCCCGUGACGUUUCAGCGAGGCGGAAAUCGCGUCUUUCGAAUUUUCGCGCGCGCGCGAUAGGAACGAAGUGGAGGAGCGAACCCGGAAGAACGACCGAAUGCGAGAAUGCGAGAGAGAAAGAGAGACAGAGUGAAAGAGAGACAGAGAGAGCGAGAGAAAGAGAGAAUGUAAUCUGUAACACGACGAGAGAGAGGGAGAGCAUGGAGUAGAACGUAAAAAUAUAUAUGUUUCUAUGUGAGAUCGCGUGCGUAAGCCAAAAGAAGAGAAAAGAAAAAAAUGAAAAAACUGAUUGUUGACACCGAGUGAGCAAAUUUUGUGUGAUAAUCUCGUAGUACACGUAGCAUGUUAAGUCUACAAUACGUUUGGUAGGGGAUUAAGGUGAGGGCGACUUUUGGAAAAGUCGGGCAGGAGAACGGGAAGUGAUCCGACUGAGGGGAAAAUCCGAGGGGUCUUCUCCGAGUCCUACCUCUCUCUAAUGUUUCUAAAAUCGGUCCGCGGGUCCAAGUCCAGAGUCCCACGGCGUAUCAACAUAUCACCGCGUUAUGUGGACCGUUGACUCGUACUUCUAAGUUACAGGGUGCUCGAGGUGCCGUCGACCGCUCUGGCAUCUCGAUUCUAACGUAGAACGUACGUUCAGUUAUGCUCCUCGGACGAGCCGUGACAGGUCGUCCGAAUUCACUUGUAGUCGACAAUCUCGCGAUCCCCGCGAUCCAAAACGAGAAACCGCAACUGAUCACGAUUUUAUUUAUCUACAAGCAGCCGCAGCGAAGACAGUCGAUACUCCUGUCUCGCAACUAUUCUCGGCUUUUCACGGUCCACGCUCUUUCUCUUAUAUGUCAGUAAAGAAAAGAAACUUUUUCGAUAACAGUUUUUUGUUUUUUAAUGGAAUUUUUGAUUUAUUGAAUAAUCAAUCGAUGACACUUGACUUGUUAAUUUGUAAGGAGCUCGUUUUACAACGGUAUAGUUUACUGCUUCCGUUAAGCGUUAAGGCAACGGUUAUACGUUGACGAUUUUAUGAAUUAAUUACUCGUAGACUGUGAAAAGCUGACACUUUUUGAACAAUCAGGUUUUAAUUUACAGAGCCAACGUCGGGAGGCUGUGCAUACUCCAGCUCCCGACUCAGCAGCAAUUUUAUAAUACUUGACAGAGCAGACGCGUACACAUUUCUCGUUUUGGAUCGAAUCGAUCGAGUGAAUCGUCGGAAGUUUAAGUCGUAAUAUUUUCAACGCUCAAGAUACAAGAGCGUCGAAGUGAGCACCUCUCGGAGAAUCCGUAACAGUCGGGAGUUUGGGGAUGGGUGGGCGAUGAGGGAUGGAAGGGAUGGCGGUUCAUAGGAGAGGAAGAGAGAAAGAGAUGGAAACCGACGAAAUUGUGGAUGGUGUAGAAGCGUGUAGGGAGCCAAGUGUCCUUGAUGCGACCGUCGUUGAAGCCACGAAAUCUCGCGAUCUCAACAGGUGAUCUUUUUUGUUCGGAACGAGUUGAACCACGCAAGGGAGAUAAAAGCGGAUUGAGAUUGAUAAUAAGAAAACGCGAACGAGUAACACGCACGAGGAAAAAAAGUCACGACUGAGAAGAAAUCUAUGCGAAUUGCGAUUUCGGACUGAGUUCGGAGCCACGGGCAAAAGACGUUCGGCGCAAACCGAUCCUAGCUGAGAGAGAGAGAAAGGUGACGAGCGAAAGGGUAUGCAUGGGUGAGCGAAUGCGGGAAGGAGUGACAGACGACGAUGAGCGAAAGGGAAAGGUAUGAAACGAGUCGAGAGACGAGGAGUGAAUGCGCUAAAAAAAUUGCUAAAAAAAGUGAAGAAAUUAUACAGAGAGAGCCGACCUCCUUGCCUACCGGGAGGUCCGCAUAUAUGUAUUGUAAAGUCGAGACUAGUAAAUGAUAAAAUUAGGAAAAGCGAGUUUUAAGAGGAGAAAUUAUUAGGCCAGUUUGUAAAUGUAAGUUAUUACGGAAUUUUCUCCCCUCCCCAUCCUUUCGUGCACGAUACUUUUGGCAAAUCUUUCGCGAGUGUGAAUGCGGACAAAGCAAGCGCGAAUGUGAGAGAAAACGGAAGAAAAACGGAGGAGAUAUUUAGGCGUGAGAACUGGAAGUCACGUGUGAUUUUCGUAUGACGAGAGAACGGAGAAAUCGAGGCAGGAAGAGAGAAAGAGAGCAGCCCGGAUGUGUGUGCAGCACGGUCCGACGUUCGACUCCGUAAAAAAUACAAGAGAAAGAAAGAAAGAGAGAGAGAGAGAGAGAGAGAGAGAGAGAGAGAGAGCGAGAGUGAGAGAGAGAGAGAGAGAGAGAGAGAGAAAGAGAGAAUCGAGAGGCAGGCAACGCGCACAAUCAUCGAGAAUGGCAGAUAUCACAAAUGUCAUUAUCCAUCCAACCCUUCGGCCACCAAGAGUAUGAGAAACAAUGAACGUAGGACAAUGAAUCUUGACCAAUCCUGCUUGACAAAAGAUUCGGUUAUUCUGGUCUGCCUUCGCUUCGACGGCGAAUGUUACUUUCCAAACGCAGCUCCACGUUUUAUCAUCAUCCGAUCGCUCGCAACGUGCUCGCAAAUGUAUCCCCACGCUGAUUAUCAUUAAACUACCGAUUUUCCGCCGACGCACUAAAGCUGUUUUGUAAAGAGAAACGAAAAAGGCGAACGACCAAUGUUUAACGUCGUUUAACGAAAGGAAAUAAAUUUCUUCUUAUCGUCUGCGAUUCUUAUUGCGACCCUGCGUCGCGCGUGAAUCAUGAGAAUGAUUGGCAUCGAGAGAAAGAGAGAGAGAGAAAGGGAGAGUGGCAAAAGAGGAGAGAAUGAAUCGAAUCGUAUGCACGCGUGUACCAAGAGAAGCACACACGAAAUGAGAAUGAGAACUUGUAAUGCCUGUAUUCCUGGAGUAUAUUACUUGCGCAUACGUCUCAACCAACAGUCGUGUUAGAUUAUACGUAUUAUCGUGUAGGGAAUCGUAGGUGUAUUAAGACAAAAAAAAAGGAUAACUUAUUUAAUAACGAAGAAGCAAAGACGAGGACUUAGCAGCAUGCAGCAAACAACAGUUAAACCUACGUUGAUGUGUGAGGAUGUGAGCUAGAUCGCCGCGUUGAGUCUAAUGAACUCCUCGGAGAUGUAUAAUGCAGACCCUCCAGAAUGAGGUGAAAGGGCGCACGACUGUCAGCCUUGUCGGCCAUCUUCGUCACUUCGUCUAGAUCGGGACGAUCAAACGUCGAACGUUCGCGUCAAUUAAUUCUGUAGAUAGCAGCAACGAAAGAAAAAAAUAAAAGAGAAAUAAAAGAGACUCUUCCUCUACGUUAAAGUAGCAGCACGAAAGGGCGAAAGGUUCGAAAGACGAUAUCCGAACGUCUCCUACGAGCGACUUGAGCCGACGUAACGGGGCACAAAGUGGAAUGACGAAGUUGGCGACUUGCUCGGUCGGCCGGAACGUCUUGUAAGAUAUUGUGGGAAUUGUUUUUCUGCGCCCCGCAAAAGUCCGUUUUUUCGGUCCAAGACGGGGCACCAUUCACACAUGCCAGUACAUUUUAGGCCGGAAGUUCUGUCUUUACCCUCACCCCGCGCCCGCAUCGCACAUACGAGCGUACACCCCCGCUGUACGCGGCAUCCACCGGAGAUGCUCCACGCGCUGGAUUCAUCUCCCAUCAAUCAAGUUUUCACAACAGGAUUCAUUUUCACGCAGAGGUCACGUGAUAGAAGAAGCCGACGUUGCUGCUUAGUACUCUAGUUAGGUAACGACACCCCCGUGGGGACUUUGGAACCCUACGUGGUGUUGGUUGAAUAUUUCAAAAAGGGCAUAUACUCGAGGAAGUACGAGCAGACUGUUGAACGCACAAAUUAUUGCAGAGGGCAAUCAUAUUUUUGUCUCGACGAACUCUCGCAGCGGCCGCUUCGUUCACGUGACCCUCUUUCAACCGGGUUCAGUUGCAAUAGUGACAGUACAGUAGUGACCGCAGCGCGUUCGCCGGAUUCCUGAUCGCGGCGACGCGUUUCCGCCUCGGACAGAAGCGCGCAGGAAAGACAGAGCUUCGGGCGAAGGAAAACCUGACUACUUUCAUACAUGCAUUACGAUGUUUCAUGACUAUACCACUUUCGACGCGAGAAUUCCUUUCGUACCUUUUACCGGCGUUUUUCUGGGUUCACGUUUGGCACGAGGAACAAUUUUGUUCGUUGAUUGCUAAUCUUUCAGUUGCGCACAAGACGACACACAGAGAGUAGUGCAGGGGGUGCGUGCGUGCGCGCGUGUGCGCCGGAUGCCGGCCUCGGGAGAUCCGAGCGGGCGACACCGGCGGCACGGGCGUGCCUCGCACCCCUUCGCGGCGAAGAGUGAAAAAAAUUCCGUUUUUUGGCAGACACCAAAAAAAAAGCAGCUCCUAAAAUGCGGGCGGCCGCGCGGAGAGACGCGCGGCGUCGCGACGUCGCGAUGCCACGCGUAUUCCCGCGCACGCCCGAGAUCACACAACAGAUCGUGCUCGGCAAGGCGAUGAACAUCGAUCGCGAUGCAGCACACCCACACACACGCGUGCAUCCACACACGCACACACGUACACACGUACAUUCUCUUUCGCAUACACGCGCACAGACGUUCACACGUACACCUGCACACAAGUACACGCAGUUUCGGCCAGAAUCUAAAAGACACAUCAAGGAAAAAAGUACAAGUUUAUCACGUUGCGCCUUAACGUUAAAAUUAAAAGUUGAUCAAAAGAGAUGAAAAAAGUGAAGCGUAUUCUUAACCAAAAUCGGCCUUAGUAUAUACUUUUCCAGGGCACGUGGAAAGCACAGGAUGGGCGACCUUCCCACUCGACCUACUUCCACGAUCCUCUCGCUCUUUAGAUUAUAUAAAAAAAUGAUAUAAAUAUAUUAAUAUAUAUAUAAUAUAUAUACACAUAUAUUAUAUUCCGCCGGCGGUGGGAAGUUUCGAAACCUCGCAGCUAACUCAGCAAACAACCGAACCAUCGAAAAAAAAAGAAAAAAAUGAUAAAGAAAUUAAUAGAUCUCUGUUCCCGCCGCGUCAGGUCGGAUUCGAAAUUUUUCACGGUUCGCGUUCACGUCGACGUCGACGUCGACGGGAUGAGAGAACAGACGCGCGCGUCGUGGACGCGCAACUCGUCCUUCAAAGCUCCCUACCUCCCGAAAACCCGGAAAGUCGCCCGUCCGCAUUUGCACGUCCCGAUGUACCCCAACGCUCCCCGCAAGGUGUUCCCCUCCAAAAAAAGUAAAAUAAAGAGGAAGAAGAGAAGCCAAUGCUGAAAACGAAGCGAGACACAUCCGCCUAUCCGGCGAGAAGGCGAGCCCUUCUCGCGCAUAUAGAAGAAAAACAUUUCCUGCAUGUAACAAAAGCGACGACGCGAGUGGACGGGUCACCCGGGAUUAGUGUAAGGACGCUCGUUGCUAAAAAAGUAAAGCAAAGACGAUGACGUGGAAUGGAAGAGAGGAAGAAGCGGAGACACACAGCACACAUGUUUGAUGCGGAAGAUGGACGACUGUCGACUCGCCGUUCCCCGCCGACGAUGACCGGGGGGGCGAUGGCAGAAAAACUCGCUGAAAAUCCGAGAGAUUCGAAAAGCGUGAACGAUUGACCACGCAGCAUACGCGUUGAGGAGGGAUCGGUCGCGUAUCAUUAUCUCGUCGCGCAGAGAUCCGCGGUAUUCCUUGUCAUCCAUAUCUCUUUUCACGAGCGUAUCUUCGUGAGACUCGACUGUGACGACCGUGGGAGAGAACCGACCAUGACUGAAGAGAAUAAGGCGGUACGCGAUCGUGCGAUCGAUCUAAUUAAUACGAUACAUUGUACGCCACCGGAGAAAGUCCAGCGCAAGCGACGCAUUCGAUGAGACAUACAUACAUAUGCACGCAGAAACCAGUAAUAUCACAGUGUUGCAAUAAUAUUUUGCAUGGAGAUGCACGUGUUCUUAAAAAAGCAGAUUCCAAACGAAAAUCAAAGCACAUUAAAGAGUAAUGCGGAAGCGGUAUUUCUGUCGCUCGGCAGCAACGAGAGGACACGGUGGUGACGCGCGAUACCGCAAACUGACGUUUAAUAAUUUUCAAGCCUUCGCGCAGGAAAAAAGCCGACAACCUCUGUCGUUUAUUAUUCGCGUUUCUGCUUUUUCUCCAUGCCACGGCCACUUUAAUUAUUCAGCCAGAGCCACGCAGAUUUCGCGAGCGAGUUCAGCGAACCGAGCGAUGAUGACAACCGACGGCGGCUGAUAACAGUCUUCCAAGGGUUGUCGAAUCAUCGGCGAGCAAGACGACACCAAGUCCCGAUGGUUUCUAGCCGCAGAGAGGGACGAACCGUUUCUAGAUCCGAGACACUACAAUCCGAGCAAUCGAUCAAUCAAUCAGCAUUAGUCAGCACUGGUAACAUAACGAUUGAAGCACGCAUACGCAGCAUCGCAGCGAAUACGUCGGAAGGCGUUCCCGGGAAAUACGAUGUGCCUCGGCCAUCCCUAAUGCCUCGCAGGUUUACGGCUCCGUUCGCGAAGGAACAACGCUCGCGGAUUACAACGCUGGAUUGUAACCGGGGACGAGGGAUGAUUACGGAAGCCGUUACUGCUCGUUUGCCACAUCAGCACGGAGAUUGUCCCAAGGAGCGAUGGUACCACGACAAUUCGCGGACGACCAUAGACGCGCAUGAUGCGCGGCGUCACCGAUCAACGGACACGGCUUAUAUUGCAUUAUCGAUUGCUUUGCCGAUGAUACUUACGACGAUACUCGCAGUUUUGUACGUUCAUUUCGUAUUUCGCCACACACGUCCCGCCAGACAGAACCGUCGAACCGAUCGACACCGGUUUUCCGUUGCGCAACCACACAGGAUAUCUACCAGCAUCCCUUCGUUCAAACGUUCAGUUUCCCGGCAAGAAACAGAAAUUUCAGCACGGCGUAACGCAGAUAUGACACGUCGCCGAAAAGGGGGACUAUUUUUUGCAGCGUACAUGCACCUUCUUUGAAGCAAGAGCCAAGAGCAAAUCCUCGUUGCAGAACGAUGUAUCACAUACGGGAUACCAUGAUUUGAGUUUUUAUAUAAAAUAACUCUGGACACGCAUCCUACGGCGAUCAAGUAAUGCGCCGGUAUUACGACCCAGAAUGACGCGCAUCGUACUUCCGGGAACAGACACUGGAAGGACCGGAAGAAAGGGCAGAUGGGACGAGACAUCGCGAGCGCAUGCACGAAGAACGAGAUAAAAGUACCACGCCGGGACGAGAGAAAUGGUCGCUGGUCCCGUUGAGUAUGCGACCGAACGCGUACUACGUACAUACGUAAAAGAUGAAAAACGAGAAUAAAAGAAUAAGGAAAAUAAUACGAACGUAGAGCAGAAAAUUCCAAAACUCCACACGACGACGUGUGAGCAGCCGAAAAAGCAGGCAAGAAAACGUUGAAGAAACGUUGCCCGAGACAUCGACAUUGUGAGACUUUGAAUCGGACCUUGCCACUUGCAAUUCGUUGAAGACGUGACGCGUUCCAAGCAAGCAAUUCGCAUAACGUAGGAAAAAGUGAAAGAGACCGGGUACGUUAAGGAGAGAAAGUACGGGAGCGCGAGAAAGAGAGAAAGAGAGAGAAAGAGAGAAGCGUGAAAAAGGGAAAGCGAGAGAAUGAGUAACGCAUAAUUAAAAUGAAACAAAGUUAAAAAAAGUAAAACGAUAAACGAUGAUGAUGAGAUGGAAAUCACUGGAGAUCCGCUAUUCGACUUUCUGAUUUUUCGCAGAUUUUCGCGCGGGACAACAGGUGCGUCCCUUCCGAGACAUCAACCUGCCCCCCCGUGACAACCCGCAGGAGCCAGCUCAUCCUCCCAACGCCCCUCCCGUGAUCCUUCCCCACGUGAACAAGGUUUGCUUCCAAAUCCGUACGCGUUAUCGAAACCUAAUAAACUAUAAACUAACAAUAAUAAUUAAACGAUAAAGGGGUUAAGAGUAUCGAUUAAUUGAAUUAUACCUAACGAUUAAUUAAAUAAUUAAUGAGUAAUGGUACAUAACGAUAAUACGAUUAAUGAUAUAUAGUAUAAACGGUACGAGACAACCCGGUACACAUGAUGGUUAAAAAACCAUCCACCGAGACGGAACGAUUCUGCCUCGUCGAGCGUGAGGGGUGUAUCGACCGUGCGUGGGACACCGCUUUUGCGGCGGCGACGGCUGUAUCCGGCUGCUACCUGUACACGUUUCUGUACGAACGGGCGGAUUCGCAGCGGGAAACCGAUCGGCACACUCCGUGAAGUCGUACCGGCAGGAUCCACCACCGUUGUCCGCGUGGUCUCACGGUUUCUUACCCAUCAUUUAUACGCGCUAGCUUGUAACUUGGAGACUUAAGUAUAAUGAGACACACACACACAUGAGGAAAGGAACACACACGUACACACACAGCAUUAAUGAUACUAAUGAUAUGAUUAUAUUAUUGAUAUAACUUACGAUUAUGAACUAUCCUAGUGGUAUUAUAACGACGACAUAGUUGAUUGAUCUGUUUAAUAUUGAAUGUCUGUAGAUCACGGAGCGUUUGGAACUCUAUGCUAUCCAUCGAGAGAGAAGUCCCCAAAUACGAGAGUCCACCAUGUACCUCCAUAUUGUACCCUCCCCCUCCUCACUCCUGUCUACUUCUAAUUGACCACGAUCCACCCAAGACAUCACAAUACUCGUAACAUCAACGGAAACAAUAAGAUAUUACCCUCGUACUUUUGAAUCAGGAUAAAAUUGGGUGCUAAAAAAAGAAAGGAGAAAAAAACAGAAACAUAUAAAAGCGUUAAAUUCGAUAAAGUUAGAUAUUGGUAAAAAGUGUAAAAAGAGACACAGAGUGGCUAACAACCCUCCGUUCGAAACGAGAGAACUGAGCCCGCGCGGAGGUGCAUCGCGAUUCGUUUAUCGCGGACGAAAGAAAAAUACACGACAAAGUGUAACUUUUAUAAAUUACCUCGAAAUUUCGAAGCGCCAUUUUUGUUCCAUUUCGAUAAGUAAGGAACAACACACUGUGAUACCGUUAAAACUGGUUUUCAGUUUUCCAUCAUUCUCCGAGCCACGAUACAUAAUGCACAGCAGCACAUUCGAUAUUAUUCGCCGGCACACUGGUUUUAUGUUCUAAAUUCAAUAAAUCCAUGCAAGUAUCAUGUGAAAAUAUGACAGUGACAGGGAGGCUACUUACAGCCCCUCCGCCCCUCUUGCUGAAGUCAUGGAUAUUGAAAAUAACGCUUCGACAGUAGAAAAACGAAAGGUAAUUGGAAGACAAUUUGUUCGCACGUGACGUAUGCUAACUGACAACGACAAAUUUUCAGCAACGCCACGAAGAACCACACGUUCGAACAUAUCCACGAGAAAAUUGCAAUAGGAAACGCAUUCUUCAAACAAGCAUCUGAGCUGCAAGUUUACGAGGUUGCAGUAGCAUACGAUAAUCGUGUGAACGCAACGCCACACGAAUUAACUCGUAACUCGUCGAUAUCUCGACCGAGUGCGAAUCAAUGAAAGCCCUCCGCGCGCAAAGUUGUCGUUUGGAAGACAGCAAAGGCCCGAGACGCAGAAGAGAGCUUUAGCAGGCGACCAAUUCGGUGAGAGAAACGCACUACCGAGCCCUCUGCUUCUGUUUUUAAGCACGCGUGACGUCCAUCGACGAGAACGAUGAAUGCGUGUGCGUCAGGACACGAUGAAGACGAAAAAAUAAUCGCAGUCGCUGCUGCGAGAGACAGCUAACGACGUUAACAUUCUUCUCGAUCGACGUCUCCAACCAUAGGUUCGCCUAUAUUGAUUGUUGAGUUUAAGUUUUCUAGUGAGUACGUAGACGCAGGGCGGCCGGGGGAUCGGUGGUCCACGCUCGAGCUGGUGAACGACGCGCCCUUCCGCUGGAAGCCGCGUCGUCUCGCGAAACGCCGCGCGAUGCACCGGAUCCUCCCUGUCGCCCGAUCGAUUUUUUGUACAUUCCGCAAUAGCUUAGGUGCCGCUUCUAAUUGUCGGAUUAGACUGUGUUUUUUCGUAUUGACGACGUUUUAUUACUAGUGAGUCUUUUUGAACACGUUUGAGCGGCGAGUGCGCGCCACCCCUUCCGCAACGAGCAACAAAAUCCGCAUCUUCGUCUCGUGACGCCUCCGUUGUAUAAUAUAAAUAAUACGGUUUCUGUUGUUUUACCUGCUUCGUUACUCGAUCAUGUUAACACGUUGACAAGCCGCGAGGCCGACCCGCUGUGACGAAGAAUUACUUGCCCGUUCCCGUUUGGUUCACGAAAGUCAGCGCGACUCGGAAGCGAAGGGGAGGCGCGCUCACGUGGCAUUACCGUUUGGAGAAAUCCGCGUAUUCGCAGAUAUCCACCCGACUGUUGCAUAGAUUACGCCGUUAUCAGAGGGUGCCACGGACAGUAGGGGAAAGCAGUAUUACCGAUUUACUUAGGGACGACCUGUAGGAGUCAAGCAUAAAUCGCGGAACUGUGACACGUUUACGCGUCGGUCGAGUCGAGAACGAUUGGCGUUCCUUCUGACGAGAAUCCCGUCGCCAUUUCAAGGGACGCGAGGCAAGUUCAAUGUUAAUCGUUCGAGAUCGAUCGAAGCGUCGGCUUCCGGUUCUACGCUCUUCCACGCCAGUGAGCAAUGUUUCCUUCUCCGACGAAAAUUCUUAAACGUGCUGAGAAUAAAGGAAUAAUCAUACGUAUACACACCGUACAUACACACACAUACAUGUGUGCACACGCAUCACGAUACACGCAGGCUCUCCCCGUUUUUCAUCCCAGUGCCCGGAGUUCACGCGUGAACGGCUCGACUAUCUCGAGUAUCCGUCGAAGACCACGUUCGCGACGAUUAAUGCCGCCGACUUACACAGCGCAACGGACACGAUCGAUGAUGAUCCGCUCCAAGGGAUCGCGCGAUCACCGGUUUUAAGUUUAAUCUGAUCUUUUUGCAAGGAUGCAACGGAAAACGUACCGAUAACCGCCGCGAUCGUCGUCGAUACUCCGACGGUUGCGGAAGCAGCACUUGCACCACACGCGUUUCGCAGUUACCUUUCACGUAUACUUGAUAAGGGAUACGUUCAACGUUCCGCGCCAUACAAAAUGCCUUAUGUUACAGACGCUAUAUCAAGUCACGUAGAUUGAUAAUGAUUUAUACCGCUCAUCCUUGCAAACAGCAACACGCACUGUGACCGGAUCACGUCCGCUCCAUUAACCAAUAUUUCGGCAGAACCGGUUUUCAUUUUCAAACUUGCAGUGAUCUUCGUCGGGAUCGGGAAUCGACGCCAUCACGGCACGCGCACGACUGCGGGCACGAAAUACCCCGAAGACCGUUGUGUUUGGCCUGGGCAAAGUCAGGCGAGCGUCGGGCCGGCUCUCAAUUUUGAAAUAGCCAUUUCGACUUAAGC